CGAUCGAUCUGCAAUUAAUGGUUACUUGCUGUCUCGCGGUCUUCAAAGCAAGACCAAGCACUCGAAACAGGACGAACCAGCAGUGAGCUUAACUUCCUUUCGCAACUCCAACUGCGAACUUUCAUUGUUUGAUUCCCGAAAGCCCCUAACCACCAACAACCAUGUCUCUGGCCGAUCCAGUUGCCUUCAUGAAGGAUUUCGCCGCCGGCGGUAUCUCGGCGGCCAUCUCCAAGACCGCCGUGGCCCCCAUCGAGCGUGUCAAGCUGCUGCUCCAGGUCCAGCACAUCUCCAAGCAGAUCGCCGAAGCCGACCGGUACAAGGGCAUGGUGGACUGUUUCGUGCGCAUUCCCAAGGAGCAGGGCUUCGGUGCCUACUGGCGUGGUAACAUGGCCAACGUCAUCCGUUACUUCCCAACCCAGGCUCUGAACUUUGCCUUCAAGGACAAGUACAAGCAGAUCUUCCUGGGCGGUGUCGACAAGAACACCCAGUUCAUGCGUUACUUCGUCGGUAACCUGGCUUCCGGUGGUGCCGCUGGAGCCACCUCCCUGUGCUUCGUCUACCCGCUUGAUUUCGCCCGUACCCGUCUGGCCGCUGAUGUCGGUGGUGGUGGCCAGCGUGAGUUCAAGGGUCUCGGCGAUUGUCUGAGCAAGAUCUUCAAGUCUGAUGGCCUGGUUGGUCUGUACCGUGGUUUCGGCGUAUCCGUCCAGGGUAUCGUCAUCUACCGUGCAUCCUACUUCGGCUUCUACGAUACUGCUCGCGGUAUGCUGCCAAACCCAAAGACCACCCCGUGGUACGUCAGCUGGGCCAUCGCUCAGGUUGUCACCACCGUCGCCGGUAUCGUGUCCUAUCCCUUCGACACCGUCCGUCGUCGUAUGAUGAUGCAGUCUGGCCGUGCCAAGUCCGAGAUCAUCUACAAGAGCACACUGCAUUGCUGGGGAACCAUCGCCAAGCAGGAGGGUACCGGUGCCUUCUUCAAGGGUGCCUUCUCCAACGUCCUCCGUGGUACUGGCGGUGCCUUCGUACUUGUGCUGUACGAUGAAAUCAAGAAGGUUCUGUAAACACCUCUGCAACAUCCUGCUUUUAAUGCGUUUUCUUCCCUUCCAUCAAAGAUGCACAUUUCCUACUUUGUUCUUCCUCACCUGCUCCCUUUCCUCUCUCCCGUCCCACACGAUGCCCUCGAAAACUUCCCGUAGUUCCUAUUAUCUCUCUCUCUCUAGUUAUAUGAACUAUUGUAACGUAUCAUCUUCCCUUAAGCGAUUCGCCUGUUGUGUUCGCAAUCAAAAUGCACAAAACGCUUUAAACGUGUAAAUCUACAAAUUUAACAAGAUCGAAGUGAUGCAGCGAAAA